AUGAGUGCGGCGGCAGCGGCGGCGGCGGCGGCGUCGGCGCCUCCCGAGCGGGGUCGCAAGAGCGAGAAAGUGGACGAGGCGCAGGCCCUGGCGCGGAGUUGCGCGGCGCGCCGGCCCGACUUCCAGCCGUGCGACGGGCUGUCCAUCUGCGCCACGCACAGCCACGGCAAGUGCUUCAAGCUGCACUGGUGCUGUCACCUGGGCUGGUGUCACUGCAAAUAUGUGUAUCAGCCUAUGACCCCGGUGGAACAGCUUCCAAGCACAGAGAUCCCCGUGAAGCCUCGGGAACCCACAAACACCAUUCAGAUCUCGGUCUCCCUCACCGAACACUUUUUGAAGUUCGCGUCUGUCUUCCAGCCUCCCCUGCCCCCAGAGUCACCAAGGUACUGUACGAUUUCCGACCUUUUCAUCGACAACUAUCAGGUCAAGUGCAUCAAUGGGAAGAUGUGCUACGUGCAGAAGCAGCUGUCACCACCUUCCCACAAAACCAGCCCUGAGGAGGUCUCCGCACACAAUGCCUUAAUUUCACAAGAGAGCAGUACGCCAAAAAUCGAUCACUGCUCUUCUCCCUCGAGCUCUGAGGACUCUGGCAUCAAUGCGAUCGGGGCUCACUACGUAGAGUCCUGCGAUGAGGAGACGGAAGAAGGAGCAGAACUGAGUUCGGAGGAAGGGUACAGCCCUGAGAGCAGCUGGGAGCCAGACGAGUGCACCCUGCUGUCCCCGUCACAAUCUGACCUGGAAGUGAUCGAGACCAUAGAGACCACCGUGUGAGACACCUGCAGAGAUCUUGUGACUUUCCUCUGAUGGAUCCUUUUUCCACUGCCUUUGGCAUUUUCUACCCCUCUCUAGCGAUGGUUAGUUCAGUGGUCUGCAGAUUAGUUUCACUCUUGAAUUAGUCUUACAACUAAGAUGUUCUUUUUCUUACAAGAUGUUUUCUUUUGUAUCUUAACUUACUUUUUAGCAUCUGGUGUCCUCCAUUGUGACCCAGCCUUAAUUUCACUGGGAACUUUAAAAGCAGGCAAGUGAGGAUCACAGAGUAUUCUGGAUCAAGUUGGAGAGCUACCCAGAGUGAAGGAGUUGAUGUUCUUAAACUCAGCUGGUUCUUCACAGCAAAACUCUGGGCCUUCCUUGUGGGAUACUGACAGGCACCCUGACCCUGCUAGGAGUCAGUUUACAGGCAGGGAAAGGGCAUGCACUGCUGGCAGAGGUCAGUCACUCUGUCCCUGCCCUCUCUGCCUCCUGCACUGGGUCUCAACUUCCUCCUGGAGAUCUCCUUACGCAGCCAGUUGUGCCCUUGCAGUGGUUCAUGCCAGGCAGCCCCUCAUCCAGGUCCUGAGCCUGAGCUGCUGCUGUUCUUUCUCAGUCCGGUGCUCAUUCCAGCACCUGCUCUGGGGGAACUGAUUGAGCAGGGCCAAACUCAACCUGAAGGGUCCCCCAGUGGAGAUGACACACAAAGGGCCGUUACCAGAAUGUUCUUGGGCAAAGAUCACAGGAAAGGUGCUUGUCCUGGGCAGGGUCAGGGAAGGGGUGGCACUGAGCUGGCCUCUCAGUGGGCUCCCCAGGAUUCCCCAGCUGUUCUUACUUGUUCUUGAAUCUGUGGAAAACUCUUAGGAAGUUAUAUAGGAAUUAUAUUUAGGAAGCAGCCACAUCUGAUGUCUUAAGGGGGAAAAUAUCAGUAAUAGUUUUAUUAGUUAGCAUGGAAAUGCUAAAGACAGCAGUCCUUUAGGGAUUAGGAAUGAAUCUAAUAGGUUUGAUUAAUUCUGCUUCAUUUGGUUGUAUGAAGCAUUAGAAUGGCUUAGGUGAGACAUGGAUUAGAAUUCAGUAAUGAUGCAUGGAUUUUUUUUAUGCAAAUGCAAAAACAGUUGAAAUAGUUUGCUGCUAAGUCAGGAGAACUUAUUUUGUGUAAAAACCCAUUUACUCUGUUCUAGUCAGUAAUAGUCAUGGUCUGUUAUUCAUGCUUUUUUUUUCCUCUUACACACAGAAGGGUGAGUAAAAUUUUUCACCCUCUCCUCAGAAUUCUAUUCUCAUUUGUACCAAGUGUUCUUGUGUUAGUUGGUUAUCUGCCACUUCUCCAGAUCUGCCUCCCCGAGCAGAGGUAAGAAUUCAGGGAAGGUGCAAUAUGAACAUGCUAAUGGAAACUAGAAGUAUCCCCAGUUGGAGGCAGAGGAACAUAGGCUACACCCCAACUCUGUGCAUAUAUUGUUGUGGCAUUUUUUUCUGUCAGCAUUCUGGCACAUCUCUGUCCCCAGUUGCAUUUUACGAAAUAAGAAAAGGCCUAUAGUGACCCUCCUUGAUCCUGCUACUCAGCAUCUUUCACAGAUCACCUUUGGCAGAAUCUAUUCUUCUAGCUGUGUGUGUAGUUCAAGUGCUUAGCUAGAACAUUCUGUUAGGUUUAGGUGCCCCUAAGAUAUUCCUAGGGUCUAGAAAGCAGAACAUGCGUAUUACAUCCAAAGCAGUGUGAGUUAACAUGUUUUUCUGCUAGAUGAGCUUGCAGCAUAAAGUUCCCUCUUUCUGAAAUGGAGAGCAAUGUUAGGAACUGGUCAGGCCCAGCCUGUAGGAAAAGGAGCCUUUGGACUAGCAGGUGGGCCUAGGAGAGGGCUAGACAGGACAGGCUAGGGAGCUGCUGCCUGAGUGGCCAGCUCUCUGAGGGACCACUGUGUUCUAAGUCCUAACUUCCUUCCUAUGCCUCAUCCCCAUGGGUCAGUGAGGAUGACCCCUGAGGGAGGGCAUAAGGGGCCUUUUCUUUCUGCAUAUGGUUCCUAUUGGCUCUACUUUUUAUUCCUGUCUGCGAACCAAACUGCACACCUGAGAGCCAGCAGGUCUUCAAAGCCAUGGCAGCACAUGGUUACAGGGCUGAAGUUGGCUCUGUCAGGGCUGGGUUUUUAUUAGUAAUAUUCUACGUUUUCUGGCCUUCCUGGUUUUUAAUAACUCCUAAACUGCCACUCACAUUAGGCACAAUUUUAAUGGAAUGUUCAAAUAUGUCAGUGGUUAUAAUCACUUAAAAUAUUUGCACAAAUCUCUUUAUAAUAAAAACCAAACUUCACUUAAUACUGUUUUCUAGAUUUGAGAUAUUCCACUGAUUCUAAAUAACAGAUACUCCUGGAUCUCAAAGGAGCCUCUCUGUCAACAAGCACAAGUGAAAUUUGUUCUGGUCCUUCCUAGCACUGUUAAUAACUUUUCCAAAAUCAUAUAUAACACAACUAGGAUUAUUUCUUUAUGCUUGUAUUCCAAAACACAGGUGAUAAGGAUAGAAAAAUGAGUAGUUUCAACUUAAAUACUAGGCCUAUUCUGUUCUGUAUUAAAUAAAAUAACUCUGUAAUCCUGAUACUAUAUUGCUCAACUGUAUAAGCAUAUUUAUAGGCACUUUAGACAAUGUGUAGACUGCAUCUUGUAUUAUAGACUUCAAACACAGUCAUUAACACAGCCAUGUUAAUAGCCUUUUGUUAAUACUUGCACAUGGAGAGAAAUGAAAGCUUUCUGAUUUGGACCUGGUAGUAUCUUCUCUCAGAGUGAUGGGCGGGGUUGUGUGGAUGGAGAGAUUGCUUCUGUGUAAACCUGGCACCAUUUGAAAAUCAGUGUACAAGCGGUUAGGUAGAUGAUACAGAAUAAAUGUUCUGUAGACUUAAACUUCUUAUCUAACCCAGAUUAACUUUAGCAUUUUCAGUUUCAGAUAUGCUCCUAAUUUUCCCAAGAAACUACAAAGUACUUAAAAUGCUUAUGUGGUUACAACUACUUUAUAUAUUAGCAAAGGUUUUAAAAUUUCUUGUAAUCUUUAAGAUGGGAAAUGAAAACUUGAAGAUAACCUUUCCAGUUGUUUUUCCUGGAAAUGGAAGACCUGGAUGUCAAGAGUAAGAAUGGACCAGGAGGCCAGACCCUGCCAGACUAAAUUGAGCUUGUUUCCUGAGGUAAUUUUUGGAUGAGACCUCAGGCGUGCUUUUUGUCUCUUAACCACUUCCUGGCCUAUCCCUCACAGUUCUUUAGGGACUAAUCACAACAAACUCCUUUUAUGCAAAUUUCUCCACUUGGUAAUAGGAUGCUACCAGAUAAUGUUAAAAGCUGUCAAAAUACCCAGAUCUGUUUGGUUGUACAAAUACUACUAGGCAAGAAAGAAAUGCACAUGUUAAUAUAAUAUUUAUACAGGCAGCUCUUGAUGAUUUCAACUUGUUUGCAAAAUUUUGUUGACACAUUUUGGCUUUUUACCUGAGGAAAGCAAAGUUGUAACAGUUCAUUUUCUUGCUCCCCUCUCCAGAGGAGGUGCGGGCUGGGACUCCAAGGUAUCUCUGGGAGUUGUUUGGGGGUUAUUGGGAGCCCUAUUCUAUGCCAGGUUGGGGAUCCCAAGAUGGGUGGUGUCUCACAAGGGCAUUGCUCUAAAUCAAUUUGGAAUGAUUUGCCUUUUUAAUUUUUCUAUGUCACUAAUUUAAAAAAAUUUUUGUUAAAUAAUUUUUAUCAUGAGCUACCUGGAUGCAGGCGUGGUGUAGCAGCAGUCUCUGUGUGAGUCACAAUAUAGUGGGUGAUGGCGGAGCUUCCAUCCCAUUGGUUCACAGACACUUUUUGAGGCUGUCCAGAUCUUGUAAUUAUUCACUUCCUGGGCUCUUUUUUUUUUUUUAACUGUCUGUUUCCAGUAUAAUGUUUACUCUACUGUAAUUUCCUAAAAUUAUAUUGUUUUCCUAAACAACUCAACUUUCCUUUAUGUAUAAUCUUUUAGAAAAAUACUACCUUGUAAAAUAAAUGUGACUUUUUUUUUUUCCCUU